AUGGAGACUCCAAUUCUCUCAACAUCCUCGGCCACCGUCGAGAAUCCUGAAAUAACACCUCGUCCGAUUCUUGUCCAAUCGGUUCCGAUGAAGGCAUCGGCCAAAUCGUUCUCAAAUCCACCAACUCCAUUGGACAGUCCGUUCAUGGCCGGCGCCGUUUCUAGGCCACGAACAUCGACUCGCUCGAUGGAAGUGUCGAUUCCGAUCCACGUGGAAGAGGAAAACCUCGGCCAGGUGAAAACCUCGGCCACGGCCAUCGUACCGACCAACUGGGUCGACUGUCCAUUCAAGGAGCACGGAUGUCAUAAAAAAGGAGAGAAGAAUGAAGUGAAACGACACGUCAGGGAUGAUAGAAAUCUGCACCUGAUGCUUCUGUGUCAAUCACUCAAUCCAAUCCGUUCGAAAAUCAAUAUCCAACAAUCGGGAUACGUGGAUCGGUACGUGGGAAUGUUGCAAUACAUGCAGCUCGCCGAGUCAUCGUUCGAAAAAUUCGGAAGUCAACACACUUUUCGAAUUCCGAAUAUCGGAUUGACCGUCGUCAAGGCGACCAAGAAUAAAAAGUGGCGAACGAUUUUCAGCCAACCGUUCUAUUCGCAUGGAUACGGAUACAAGAUGAUGGCUGUCGCCGCGCCCUAUGGCGAUGGAUUGGCAUUCCGUGAGUUCUUCUCGAUCUUCGUCUGUUUGAUGAUGGGGGAAUGGGAUGAUAUCGUCGAGUGGCCAUUCCGAUGUGACGUCAACUUCUCGAUUCUCUCGAAUGAUAAGAAGGAGUUGUUAACCAAAACGAUGUACGUGUCAAAGAUGCCAGAAAUCUGGGAUUUCUUGGAGAAACCAACCGGUCUCCGUAACGGAACCAUCGGAUUCCAGAACUUUCUUCCAUUGGCAAAAAUCACGGAAUUCUCGGCCGACGGAGAUAUUUUCAUUCAGAUCAAAGUGCUUCUCGAUCAUGAUAAGAUCUAUCAGGCAAAGGAGAUCGACUCGUUGGAGUGCCAGGGAGAUGCGGUGAUGAAGAAGACGAAGAAUGAAUAA